UUUUGCAAUUACGGUAAUUUAUAUUGUAUCUGAAGAUCUAAUGAAGGAAUGAAGGAUCACAUUCCAUCUGACUUUUUUACACUAAAUGCAUUUGAAGAAUUUUAUACUUUUGGAACCUCUAGUAGAUCUUCUGUCACUGUGGCAUAAACAAUGCAGAGGAAAAAUGUUGAAAAUUAAAACUUUGUGAAUUCGUGUAAAUCUGUGAUGAAAAAUUUGCAAUUCAAUAGGAUUUGGUUUUGAAGAAAUAUUACUGGAAAUUAUAUAAUCUGAUGCACAUUAAAAGCAAAUGUGAAUUUAAGAGGACAUACAGUAUCUCAUGUUGUAAGAUGGUACCUUUUUAUGCUGCAGAUGUUCAAUCUAUUUUAUUUCCUGCAGAGAGAUUUGCACAUGUUGUUAUGCGACUGUUAUUGUUUUCUUAAAAGUAUUACUGUCAUAUUCCAGGAAGGAAAAAAUCUGACACAGUGAUACAAUAACACUAUGAUGAGCAAUGUCAACAUUUUUUUCAUCUUGUGUCGAGGAUUGUGUAAGAAUUGAGCAUCUUUAUUCAUUAGUAGAUUGAAGAAAACAGAUGCAUUUUAGAGGCAUACUGCAUUUUUUACACUUUAUGGGAAGUUCCAUUAAUUCUAGCACCUAGAGUAUUUCUUACUAUCUUUUCGUAAGCUAUAGUUGAAAUGCAUUUAUUGGCUGGUAAAAAUGUUUUUUUCAAAAUUAACCAAAAUGAAAAAUGAUUGAUAGACAAUGUUGGUUGCGUAGAUAAGAAAAUAUAAAUUAAACAUAAUUAACUACUGUUAAAUUGAUGGGAAAAUAUGAAUUUUAUCUCAUAAGUUCAUAAAUUUGAAGGUUUUUUAAGAAAUGAUUAAAGAUAUUUUGUUGAUCUGUGUAAAUAAUAUCUUGUAGACUGAGUCUUUAUCUUAAAACAUUUAAUUGACCAUCAUAAAUUUUACAUGGAUAAUUUAAGUAAAAGAAAUCUGAUGCUUUAAAUGCUUCAGUUUAAAGAUGUAUAUCUAUGCAUUCAUUAUGGCAAAAAAAAUGAAUUUUGAGUUUUAUUGAUUUAAUAUAUACCAGAAAGGUUUUGUUUAUGGUUUUUGAGGUGUACCUUUCUAAUACUAUAUAACGAUACACAUAAUUACUACAGUGGAGAAUGUCUCUUAUUAAAGCAAGACCUUUGAAAAGGAAGUCAACAGAAACAUUUGUUUACAGGAAGCUUAAUAGAUUCCUGUAAGAAAUCAAAUCUUUGUUAAUGGAAGAUCUCUGUAUGUUCUAAGACUGCCACCCAAAGAAUAAACAAAGUGUAGCUUUCACCAGUAACAUGUAUCAUAUGGAUAUAUGCAUAUAUUAUAAAAAGAGUUGAGUGAGGAUACUGUAUAGAAUUGUUAAUUAUCAUCUGGAGAAAAAUGAACAUGUUAUUUCAUUAUGUGUAAGACAGCUGAUUUGAGAAAAUUAGAAGAAAAGAAGCUUCAAAUGAUGAAAUAAUUACUUCAAGACAUAACAAGGAAAUAUAAACUUAGUAGACAAGGGAAUGGAAAUUGACAGAUGAGCUCUCAAAUGUAAAAUUGUAAUUGGCAGAAUUAAAGACUCACUUUUAAUAUUUUAAUGGAUUUUUGGUACUUUUGAUAUAUGAAAAAACUUACCAAAGUUGAGAAAACUCAAUAACGGAACAUUUGAAUACUGUGGUGGACAAUGGAUAACUUUAUCUUUGACUGGGGUGGUGGAUAUGGGAUAGUAUUGGAAAGGCAGCAGGUGAUGGCCCACAAACAUAUAGCCAUACCAACAUGGCUGGAGGCCUUGGGACUGUCAGAAUAUAAUGGGCUGUUCCAUACUUAUAAUGGAGUAGAGGAUUUGAUCUACCUUGGUGAAUCAGAUAUUAAAGAUCUUGGAUUGAAGAAUGGAGCCCACAGAGCUAAAAUUGUGUCUAGCCUUAGACUUCUUAAAGACAGAUAUGAGAGAGGUCAUAAAGCAACUCCAGUUAUACAGAGAAGUAACAGUGCUUCAGCUCAGUUGUCAGCGUCGCCCCCUACACCAACAGUAUAUUCACCUGACUAUCAGGUAGUUAACGUGGCACCUAGAAGAUUGGAGCAUGAUUUAAUAGCAGAAUUACAAAGUGAACCGUCAGAAUUGAAACAUUGGCCUUGGUAUCAUGGUAGUAUAUCUAGACAAAGAGCUGAACAAUUAACCAUUAGAAGCGGUGAUUUUCUUGUGCGUGACAGUAGUUCUCAUCCUGGGGAUUUUGUAUUAACUUGUAGUACUAAAGGAGUACCAUUACAUUUUAUGAUAAAUUCAGAAGUGAAGGAACAAGAAACUCACAUCCCUUUAAUAUCUUACCGAUUUGAAGACGAACUUUUUGGAUCUAUUCAGGAUUUAAUACAAUUCUAUAUGGCGCAUAGGAAAAAAAUAACAAAAUCGUCAGGUGCUGUGAUAAGUAACCCAAUAGCUAGAACAAUGCCAUUGAGUUAUUAUGAUACAAAAUAUGGAUUCAUGAGUAGUCUGAAUACAACAGGGCAUUACACACCAUGUGGUGGUACUACUCCAAAACCUAGUCCGUUCAAUACUCCAUCUGUUACACCCAACACAAGUCCUCGUUCACAAAGAAGACAUCCAACAAGAUCAGGAAGUCAACCGUUAUUGCCUGUGGACAGUGAAACAUUUGUCCACCGUGUUCCACAUAUUGAUAGAUCUGACAGCUUACCUGUCAUACCAGGCAGAACAACGCCACCAAGAAAUAAUCAGACUAUACCACAAGUUGUAAUCCCUCAUUAUCACCAGCGAGCUGGCAGUGAACCAGUUCUGGGACCUUCUCCUGGUUACAGUGUCAUUCAGAAUAAUGGACAGCAUGACAAAUUUCUGACUCCACAACCUAACAAACUGUCAAAUUCUAAUUCAGAUAGUGAUUUGAAUAAACCACCACCACCAAAACCAAGUAGGAUUCCCUCCAUAAAAUAUAAACAAAAACCAUUGGUUGUAAAAAGGACUGAGGUUCAGGUCGAGGAUGAUAGAGACUACACUGACUAUAUGCAGGUUAAACAAGCGCCAUCUUGGUUAAAAAAUCCUGCAUUUGAGAGAAAUAAUAAUCAUACUCAAGACACAAAUGACAAUUUCAUAAAAAAUUCUUCAGAAGAUUAUGAUAAUAAUUUUGAAAAUGAAAAACAAUAUCCUGAGGAAAAUGGAUUGACUGAUCAUUAUAAAUGUGUUGAUUCUAAAUCUAGGAAAUGUUCAGAUACUAGAUUUAACUUUCUGGACCAAAGAGAUUAUUCUGAAAUUCCUGAUAUCCCAGUGACUCUUAAUGAAUCUGAUGACAAAAUAGCAUUACAAAAUGAUAAUCGUAAUAGUUACGCUGAUUAUGAUGCACCUAAAACGCUGGACAGACAAAUUUCUAUUCCAGAAAUAGAGAUACAGUCAAACUUUCAUCCAAAAUUAUUUUCUUCUUCAUUGUUGUCAGAUGAAAACAAGCCAUUAGAACCUGCAGUUUUAAUUGAUGUGAAAAAUGUUCUGUUAAGUGGGGAUCCUAAAACACUGGCUAAUCAUAUUACAAAACUUGACCUUGACCUUUGUAAGGUCAUUGAGGAACAUGACCUAGGCGUUGGUGUUAAAUCAGGAUUAGAAUUACUGACACUUCCACAAGGCAGUCAACUGAGACAAGAUAUAAUAGAAAGGUGUUACUGUACAAAGAUUUUCACCAUGGUAAUGAUUUUGACAUGUCCUAAGAUUGUGGAGAGAGCAUCCAUGUUGAGUCAGUGGAUCCAGACAGCAGUACAUCUCAGAUCCACACUUGGUAAUAUGUUGGGGUUUGCCAAUGUUAUGGAAGGACUGAUGAGUCCUCAGAUACAAAGAUUGAAAGACACAUGGUUAGUUUUACGUCAGAAUCACACCAACAGUGCUUUUGUGUUCGACACUAAACUCAAAACUGCAUUUAAGACUCUCAAUGAUGGGAGUGGGUUACUUCCCUUACAAAAUGUCUGUAUUCCUGACAUUGCACCACUUGUUGUUUUACUAGAGAGAAGUAUUGACACUACAUCCAUGCAACUUCCAUGGGAAUCAUCUGAUCCGAACUCAGGACUGGACAUUCUAUUGACGCAUUUAGAUACUGCAAGGCUGGUAACAGCACAGUGUGGAACUUACAGAAUUAAUGGACAAUCGGUCAUUAAGAACUUUACUGAAGAUGUGAAAACUUGUGAUAUAUUUAGAACAGAAUUUCAUAUGAGAAUAUGUUGGGGUGCAAAAGGAGUAGUCGUAGGUAGAGAAGAUCGACAAUCAAAAUUUGAGCAGUUGUUAACAGUGUUAUCAAAUCGUACUGAAAGUUCAGAUGAUGAUGGUACAGCUGUUUAAACUUUCUAAUGCUGAACAUAUUAAAAUCUGAAAGAGUUAUUUCCCUUGACAGUGCUAUCAAAUCGUACUGAAAGUUCAGAAGGUGAUUGUUGAGUUGUUUCAAUAUACUCCUGAUUAACAUAUUAAAAUAUGAAGGAGUUAUUUCCCUUUUAUUUAAAAAAAAUAGUGGAUAUCACAUUUUGUAGUUAAUAUAACUGAUAACAGAAAUUUUUUUAUCAGUGUAUUUUUUAGUCAGUUUAGUGUAAAAUUCUGAAUUUAUGUGUUGGAAUUGUUACAUCUGUAGAAGAAUUGAAUCAAAGAAGUCAAUUCCAAUUGACCUCAAGGUGAUAAUGUGUUUUGAUAAUGAAUUCCAAAGAUAUUUUCAAGCUUUUCUUCCCAUCAUCUUUACUUUUUUUUUUUAGGGUUGAGAACUUUUCAAACAGAUGUGAAAUGUCUUUAACUUAUGAAAAUUAAUAUGUCAUUUUUUAUAAACAGUGAAAUUUAAUUGUUUUUUUAGUCUUGACAAGAUAGUUCAAACAAUAAAAUAUUAUUUUAAGUAGAUCUCUAUCCUCUGAAUCACUCUUGUGUUACCAGGUAACCGACAAUCUCCAGGUCUCCUCCCAAAGCAAAAAAUAUCGUUCAAGAACAAAAAUGGUAAAUUUUAUUUUCUAUUGUUUUCAAACAAAUUUUUCAUAUUUAAUAUCUUGCUCCUUAGAUAUUUGUCCUCAUAGAAAAUGAAAAAAAAAACCUUUGCAGGUGUGCUCGUUGUAAUAUGAAUGUCCAGAUGGUGUCUACAGAAAAGAGAAUAAUGGGCUAAAUCUCUUAAAAAUGGACUCAAAGAGUAUAGAAUAGAGACAUUUAUGGCAAAAAAAUAAAGGACAGAGAAUAAUGACCUGAAAAAUUACAGAAUACAAAAAUGAAGGACCCCAUCCAGACCCUCUAAUAUUGCUUUUGAUUUCCAUGCUCAGACUGAAUCCCAAAUAAAAAAAAGAAAAUUUAUAGGCAUCUGAUGUUUGUGACCCUUUCCGUAUAUUGUAGUGUUCUGGAAUAAUGUAUGAAUACUGGUAUGAGUAUGGGUCAGAUAGCUCUUGAAGGACUCUUUAUGUUUCAUUUGUGAGCAUUCUGCCAAGUUUUUAUAUCCAUAAAGAAGAAUAUUUUGGUUUAUUGUUUUUUUAUGUUUGCAAUGACAUAAGAUUAACAUGUGCUUCUGAUAUGAAACAUGCCAAAAUGAACAUGAAUGUAACAGUGGGGAAGAUGAUGAUAAUAUGUGAUAUUUAACACAAUUUGAUUAAAAUCAGAUCUUUCACUUCGCUCCGCUCCGAUAGAUUGUUCAUCGCUCAUUUAAGAUUCGAAGACAUCCCAUAAGGGAUCAUAUUCAGUGACCUUUUAUCAUCCAAUAAAAUCUUUCUUUGCCAAAGUUUCAGUAUUUUUUACUAUCGAUUUUCAACAUGUUGUUGGGUAAACUGUUCUGAAAUUCAAAGUUGAAACUCAAUUAAACAAAACAGUAAAGUGUCAUUGGUUUCUUUAUUUUUAUAUUUUAAAUUUAUAAGUUUGUAAAUAAUUAUUAUAAUGCAUAAGUUUUUAUCCAAAUGGGCUUAUCUAUGUUUGUGGAAUAAAUUCAAAUCAAAGUGCCAGCAGUGUGUCACUCAAAAUGAUAGGCUGAUUGAAAAUUUGCUAAAGGAUAUCUUAAUAUGACCCCUUAUGGGAUGUUUUCAGAUCUUACAUGAACAGCUUGGAUAUCUAUCAGAGCAAAGCGAAAGAAUAAAACACAACUUAUAAUAAGGAAAUUGUGUAAAUGUGUGUGUAUAAUUGUAUUUUUGUAUAUUUGUGUGUUGCUUGAAUCGAUAGUGAUUGUUGUUCGACCAGGAAACUGGGGGGGGGGGGGGGGGGGGGGGGUUGUGAUUUAAACCAAACCACUACAGGAUAGGGGCAGACAUCUAUACUGGUAUAUCUGGUAUAUUGUUUAAAAACCAGUAUUGUUCGCUCGACGGAAGAAAAAUGUUGUAUAAUUUUUAAAAUAGAAAUAUUUUUAAAUCAUUUAAUUCGCCUGUGUGAAAAAUUAGACGAAUGCAUAGAAAAAUGUCACAUGAUACAAUUUUUUCAACCUCCACAUUGAAACGACAACUAUCCUGGAACUCUCCUUUAAGACAAGAGUACUAUAAAACAUUCCUUGGAUGGACCAAAUUUGAUGAAAUCUACAAAAAGUCUCCUGUGAAACUCACAUCUGCUUUCAUUUACAUCUGUUUUUACUUUUGCUUUUUGUUAAUUUUUAUUUUGUUAACUAACUAAUGUUUCGCUGAAAUGUGAGUUUAAAAUAUUUUUAAAACUUGCAUUACCAGGGAUACAGAACAAGAAAUGCCAGUACAAUUGUAUAGGUAUAAAAUAAGAAGAUGUGGUAUGAUUGCCAAUGAGACAACUUUCCACAAGAGACUACAGUAAAAGAAAUAGAACAUUGAUGUAAUUGAAUAUGUAGACAGGUUUAUAAAUAAUUAGAAAAGGAAUCUAAUUUAUAAUGUAUAUCAGAGUACUUGUUUGUCCUGGCUUUUAUAUUAUAUUAUAUUUAUGUUUAUGAACCAAUGGUAAAUUUUAUUUGCAUUAGAUAUUUAUGAAUUUCCUUGUUUUUACUAUGCAAUUAGAUUUUCCAUGAAUGAAAUUUUUCAUAUUGAAUGAUGUGCCACACAGUUUUUGAAAAUUAAACAUGCUGAAAUAUUGACACACAUGUUCAUAUAAGCUGGUACAACCUUGUAUUAAUUUUAUUAUUGUGUCCUGAGAUGGUUUUCUUUUUAUUUUCAGACAGUUUAAUUUAUACUGUAAACAGUCAACCAACUUAAUUUCCUGGAUAUAUUUAUUGAUAUUUAGACCUUCCUUAUCUAAAUCUCCAUUUUAGCAACUUUGCUAAUGUAUUCUUACAAGAGAAGAUCCUAUUGGGGAAUAUUUGUGACGAUUUAUGUUUUUUUUCUAUUCUCUAAAGUUGUGAAAAUAAAUCGCUCAUGAAAAUUAUUUGGUUUACAGUAAGGAAAGGAGUAUAAUAAAUACCCUAUAUAACUGACCAUAUUAAAAGUAUAUAACUAGAAAAGUAAUACAUACAGUCAGGUAUAUAGAACUUUUAUUUUAUGAUUCAUUUUAUUUAUAAAUAUAUCUGUCAAGGAAAAUGUUUUAAUGCAUGUAAAUAUAAUUUAUACUGUUCAAAUUGUUUAGAAUAUUUACCAGAAUUGUUAGAUCAUAUUGUGAAAGGGAAAUAACUCCUGUCAAUUUCAUCCAGAGUAUGUUUCAAACACAAUAAGAUAAAGAAUUUUUAAUCAACUAUUAUAAGCUAGAAUUUUCUAUAAUAAUAAACCCCCAAAAAAUCUAAAGGCUAUUGUAAUUUUUGUGUCUAUACUGAGCUCACAAGAUAUUAAUUUGUGUGCACAGUAUGAAGGGUUUUUAGUUUUUAUGAAAGAACACAACCAUCUAUAAGACUGAAUUGAUUGUUUUACAAAGACUAUACAUUUUUAUGUUGUUUUUAUAUUUGUAGAUAUAGAUAGUAAUUUUCAUCAAUAUCAGCAUCAAAACAUUUACAGAAACGACAUUGUUGUGUCUGUUAUUGCUUAUGAAAAAUAUUUAUUAUGAAGAUAUUAAAGAGUGUCAAAAUAAA